UUUGAAAAAAAGUAAAAUAAUUAUUUAAAAAAAACAAAAAAAAAACAUUUUUCCUUUUAAUCACUCGAUAAUAUAAAUAUAUUUCCAGCAUCAAUGUCUCUAUUUAAGUAUUACAAAAAGUCCUUAAUACUCGUAGUGAAUCGAUAAUGGCGUCGGCGUCAGCGUGUAACUGUUGCAGAAGGAAGCAUGUCUCAAAUUCACCAUCGCCACCUCCAACUCCAACUUCAUCUCUUCCACAAAUUCUUCUUCCUCCUUCUUCUUCUUCUUAUUCUUCUACUCGCAUCAUCACCCUUCACCAGUUUUUGCCCCUUCAUUCAUCAUCGCUUUCCGAAACUGAACAGAUCUUGAAAUCCAAAGCAUGCACUUCUCACUCUGCACACUCCGAUGAACGGUUUAAGCGCCUCAUCAAGAGCCGAGACUGUGCUGCUCGAUCAAGAGCCAAACAACAGGCUUAUCAAAACCAGUUGGAAACUAAACUUGCCCUUUUAAUACAAGAAAAUUCCACACUCAGAAGCCAGAUAGAAGAGAUGAAAAUUCGAUUGAAAUGUGGUGGUGCACCGAAAAAGCACAGUCUCUACAGAACCUCAACUUCUCCAUUUUGAGAAGCAUCGCUGCAAUUUGCUUGCAAAGUGGUCCAAACAUGCUCCCGACAACGACGUCUCCUUUAUUGGACCCUUUCUCCGUACUCCCCCCAUGAAGAAAAUAUUUCUGAACCAUCCCCACACUUUCUUUUAUUUACCUCCUUACCACACUUUUCUGUUAUUUUAGGUUAUAAUUAUGUUUCUGAAAACCUACCAAUGAAACUGGCCCACCAAUGCUGUUUAAUGUUUCCUACUUCUUUUUCUUUUUCUUUUGUAAAAGGACAAUCAAAUCCUCAACUAUUGGCCUUCUGCAUUU